ACAUACACCAUUAUGAUCAGAAUGACCGGCAAAAUUGGUAAAACUAAUGAGUCAAUAGCCCUUUUUCAGGAAAUGUUGAAUAAGGGUUGCACUCUUCAUUUGAUUGCUUAUAACACUAUGAUUCAGGCACUUGCUAAGGGCCGGAUGGUUGACAGGGCCAUCCAACUCUUCUCAAAAAUGAUGGAGAAUGAUUGUCAGCCCAAUGAAUUCACAUACAGUGUGCUUUUGAAUGUUCUAAUUGCUGAAGGACAACUAAGUAAACUUGACACUGUUUUGAAGUUAUCGAAGAAAUAUCUGAAUAGGAAAAUAUAUGCAUAUCUUGUAAAGACUCUAUGCGAAUUGGGUCAUUUAAGUGAGGCUCACAGGGUAUUUUGCAACAUGUGGAGCUUUUUUAAUGAGGGUGACAAGAAUGCUUGUAUGGCCAUGUUGGAGAGUCUAUGCUGCUCUGGUAAAACAAUGGAGGCUAUAGAGCUUCUAAAUAAAAUUCAUGAAAAGGGCAUCAGUACUGAUACAAUAAUGUAUAACACGGUAUUCACAGCUCUUGGAAAAUUGAAACAAAUAUCACACAUUCAUGAUCUUUUUGAAAAGAUGAAACAAGAUGGACCUCUGCCUGAUAUAUUUACCUACAAUAUCCUGAUUGCUAGCUUUGGAAGGGCUGGAAGAAUUGAUGAUGCUAUUAAAAUUUUUGAGGAACUGGAGACUAGCACUUGUAAACCUGAUGUUAUCUCUUAUAACUGCUUGAUUAAUUGCCUUGGUAAAAAUGGGGAUCUUGAUGAAGCUCACAUGAGGUUUAUAGAGAUGCAAGAGAAAGGAUUAAAUCCGGAUGUUGUCACCUAUAGCACACUUAUUGAAUGCUUUGGCAAGACAGAUGAAGUUGAGAUGGCUGGUAGAUUGUUUGAUGAAAUGCUUGCUAAAGGAUGCUCUCCUAAUAUUGUCACGUAUAAUAUCUUACUUGACUGUCUUGAAAGGGGUGGGAGAACUGCCGAGGCUGUGGAACUUUAUGCAAAACUUAAGCAGCAAGGAUUGACCCCAGAUUCAAUUACUUAUGCAGUUCUUGAUCGGUUGCAAAGUGGUGGGCACAGGAAGUUUAGAGUUCGUAGGCAAAAUCCUAUCACUGGCUGGGUUGUUAGCCCUUUAUGAAGGUGCAUGCAACAAAAUUAUAUUGUCAAUUGUGGGUUGCUUCUGGACAUUUUUGGGGCUAUGUGCUAAAUCUAUAGCUUUGUAGUUGAUCUAGAAGCUAAAUUAGUAUGGCCAUUUGAUAAUGGGAGCGUCAAGAGGAAUUUAUGCUGGAUGACUGGGGAAUUUUCUAGUUCUCCAUUGCAUUUGGAUGUGCCACUUGCCAGGCAUUUGCUCUUUGUUCUACAAGCUGAUUUUGGUUGUCAAGCAAGGUAAAGAUCAUUACUCUUCCUAAUGGCGAAUGAUUAAGAAAGGGAAAAGAGAAUCUGGAGUGAUAUGGUCAAUGGUGGCAGUCUGCGUUUGGUAUGCACGGAGAUAAAGGAGAAUGGGAGAGGAAAAAAUGGAGUAAUUUAGGUAUAUGUUUCCCAGAUUUCCAUCGAACUUCCUUGCAGUUGUAGGAAUCUGCCUUCCCUCUGCUCAAUGGAAUGGACCAUUCCUCCUGGGAGAAGUAAAAAGACCAUCUUGCCCCUCUCAAAUCCCUCCUCUACAAUUGAACUUUCUACCUUCCUACCUCAUCCUUCUUGAGCCGAUGGAGCUUCAUCUUCCACCAGAGUUCAUAACUUCGACGGAGAAGAGGCCUGGUGCUUUGCCUGUAGAGUAUGUUGGGUUGGGGUCACUUUUUUAAAAUUAGAAGGCUCUAGAGGCAUAGUACAUCUAGCUUCAGUUCUCAUAUAUAUAGUUAUCAUCCUUUUUUAUCUUCAUUGGUUUGAAAUCUCACAAAAUCUGAGCUU